AAAUAAAAUCACGUUCCCUCUUCCUCUUGCUUUCGCCCUUUCGCUUUCUCUACUUGUCAAGCUUUCCCUUUCUUUCUUGAAGAGAAACCCCGAGAAAAUUAUCCCCAAGGAUUGUCCACUUCGAUCCAAACAACUCAAAUCAUGAGCAGCGAAUAUGAUUAUCUCUUUAAGCUCCUGCUAAUCGGAGAUUCGUCCGUUGGAAAAUCGUGUCUGCUUCUCAGAUUUGCCGAUGAUUCUUAUGUGGACAGCUACAUCAGUACUAUUGGUGUUGAUUUUAAAAUCAGAACUGUGGAGCUGGAUGGCAAGACGAUUAAGCUUCAGAUUUGGGAUACUGCUGGACAGGAGCGCUUCCGGACUAUAACAAGCAGUUAUUACCGAGGUGCACAUGGAAUCAUAAUAGUAUAUGAUGUCACAGAGAUGGAGAGCUUCAACAAUGUCAAGCAGUGGUUAAAUGAGAUUGACAGAUAUGCAAAUGACAGUGUAUGCAAACUUUUAGUUGGAAAUAAAUGUGAUCUAGUUGAAAACAAGGUCGUGGACACACAAACUGCAAAGGCAUUUGCAGAUGAGCUUGGAAUUCCAUUCCUGGAGACUAGUGCUAAAGAUUCAAUUAAUGUGGAGCAGGCUUUCUUAACCAUGGCUGGAGAAAUUAAGAAAAAAAUGGGUAGCCAGCCAACUGCAAACAAGUCAACAGGAACUGUUCAAAUGAAGGGGCAGCCAAUCCAGCAGAAGAAUAACUGUUGUGGUUAGCCAUUCAUUUGUAUUUUUAAUUUUAUGUCAUAAGAUUGUCAAGACUUUAUACUAUGAAUGCUGUUAUCAAUAUUGAUCCAUCAGAUGCUGUAAAAUAUUCUGUGGUUGUCUGAAAAAUGAAAAUUCUUACAUUUCCUUUAAA